GUGCGCGGGGAGCGGUUCCGGGUCGUGGCGCCGCUCGGGGUCACAGGGCUGCUGCUUGGCCGGCCGGCGGUGCUAGCGGCGGGGGCAUGAGGGCGAGCCCGGAAAGCGGUAGCUGAGCCGGCCGGGAGGAACGCCAGCCCCCGAGGAUCCCGAGAGCGCGGAGCUCGGGGCUGGGGGCCGGGAGGCGCGGGGGAGCCGGGCCCGCUCCUCAGGAACGUGUCCCGGGGCCGACCCGGCCCGUAGUGUGGCAGCAGCUUCAGAUUUUAUUUUGAAUAAACAAGGCAGUUUUUCAAUCUGACCUUCAGUUGCUGAUAGAAAGGAGACUAAAAAGAGACGAACUGAGGUGCAGGUUUGAAUCCUGAAGCACUAAGAGAGUUGGCCAUGCUGCGCUACAUCGGGGCCCAUAUGAUGCCGACAUUGAACCUGGGCAGCUCUGACUUGCAAGUCAUGUGCCUGGAGCAAUAGUAGGUGAACCUGUGAAACAAUAUGAAGAGGAGAAAAUAGCGUUUUAAAGAAAUUGGUCCACAGAAAGGAUGGCCUUCUUGGACAAUCCAACUAUCAUUCUAGCUCAUAUUCGACAGUCACAUGUGACCAGUGAUGACACAGGAAUGUGUGAGAUGGUUCUCAUUGAUCAUGAUGUUGACCUAGAGAAGAUUCAUCCUCCUUCAAUGCCUGGAGACAGUGGGUCAGACAUUCAGGGAAGCAAUGGUGAGACUCAGGGCUAUGUAUAUGCCCAGUCAGUCGAUAUUACCUCAAGUUGGGACUUUGGUAUUAGAAGACGCUCAAACACAGCUCAAAGAUUAGAACGACUCCGAAAAGAGAGACAAAACCAGAUCAAAUGCAAAAAUAUUCAAUGGAAAGAAAGAAAUUCUAAGCAAUCAGCCCAGGAGUUAAAGUCACUGUUUGAAAAAAAGUCCCUCAAAGAGAAACCUCCAAUUUCUGGAAAGCAGUCAAUGUUAUCUGCACGCCUGGAACAGUGCCCUCUGCAGCUGAAUAACCCCUUUAAUGAAUAUUCCAAAUUUGAUGGCAAGGGCCAUGUGGGCACCACAGCAACUAAGAAGAUUGACGUCUACCUCCCCCUGCACUUGAGCCAGGACAGACUGAUGCCCAUGACUGUGGUGACAAUGGCCAGCGCCAGGGUGCAGGACCUGAUUGGGCUCAUCUGUUGGCAGUACACUAGUGAAGGACGGGAACCGAAGCUCAAUGACAAUGUGAGUGCCUACUGCCUGCACAUUGCCGAGGAUGAUGGCGAGGUUGACACAGACUUCCCCCCGCUGGAUUCCAACGAGCCCAUUCAUAAGUUCGGCUUCAAUACUUUGGCCUUGGUUGAAAAGUAUUCAUCUUCUUGUCUGAUCCCCAAAGAAUCCCUCUUCGUUCGAAUAAAUGCUGCUCAUGGAUUCUCCCUUAUUCAGGUGGACAACACAAAGGUCACCAUGAAAGAAAUCUUGCUAAAGGCAGUGAAGAGAAGAAAAGGAUCCCAGAAAAUUUCAGACCUCCUCCCCUCCUCCUGCCCCUUUGAUCUUCCAGGCCCUCAGUACCGCCUGGAGAAGCAGAGCGAGCCCAAUGUCGCCGUGGACCUGGAGAGCACUUUGGAGAGCCAGAGCGCGUGGGAGUUCUGCCUGGUCCGCGAGAACAGUUCAAGGGCAGACGGGGUUUUCGAGGAGGAUUCGCAGAUUGACAUCGCCACCGUGCAGGAUAUGCUCAGCAGCCACCACUACAAGUCCUUCAAAGUCAGCAUGAUUCACAGACUCCGCUUCACCACCGACGUCCAGUUAGGUAUCUCUGGAGACAAAGUAGAGAUAGACCCGGUGACGAAUCAGAAAGCCAGCACGAAGUUUUGGAUUAAGCAGAAACCCAUCUCAAUCGAUUCUGACCUGCUCUGUGCCUGUGACCUUGCCGAGGAGAAAAGCCCCAGUCACGCGAUAUUCAAGCUCACGUAUCUAAGCAAUCACGACUACAAACACCUCUACUUUGAAUCCGAUGCUGCUACCGUCAAUGAAAUCGUGCUCAAGGUGAACUACAUCCUGGAGUCGCGAGCGAGCACUGCCCGGGCUGACUAUUUUGCUCAGAAACAGAGAAAACUGAACAGACGCACAAGCUUCAGCUUCCAGAAGGAGAAGAAAUCGGGACAGCAGUGACCCCCCUGCCAGGGCCCGCCGGGGCCCUCCGUGUGCCUGCGGCCCCGGAGCGGAGCCAGAGGGGCGGCGUGGGGGUCCGCAGUGCGACGGGCGGCCCGGCCGGCCCCGGGUGUACAUAGCCAUGCAGACACGUCCUUGCAACUUGAUCAAAUUUCUUAAACGAAGAACAAAAUGUACAUUUCUUUUUUUUCCUUUUAAUAAACAGGUGUACUCUUUAUCACGGUUGGUAUGACGGACCAUUCUUUGGGGCAGAGGAUUGAUUAUGUUCCUCCCUCUAAAAUCUGUUCCCGUAUUGAACGGGCAGAUUGGAAAACGCUCCGGCUCGACUGCUCGGCAGGAGCGGCGAGGGCCGAGUCGAUAGCUUGAACGGGGACCAUUUGUUUAAAUGAUGUUGCCCGGGGGGCGACGAGGGACCCGUCUCAGGGGCCUGAGCGCGCGGGCGUCCCACCCCCGAAGUGGUCACCCCCAUUUCCUUGACAGCCACUGUCCGUCCCCCUGGCCGUGAGCUUCUGUCUUCAGGAAGUGGGAGACCCUCAGGCUUCCUCAGGCCCCGGGCAGCGGGCAGGAAGCCGGGGGCCUGCUGACGCCGCCUGCCUCAGUGUCCCCCCCAAGGCGCUGCCUCUGGACCAGUGCCCUGAGCGGCCCCUCCGAACCGGCCAGCCGAAGCAUCUUUUCUAACGUCUUCCAUCCCCCACCCAAAAAAGAAAAACUCUUAUUUGUAGCUUGCUACCUGUCUUUGGAUUUUUAGCAAUUUUCUACUUAGAUAUCUUUGGAACAUGUCGAUGACUAAUUUGGUCAUGGAAUCUUGUGACUUAUCCAACAUUAAAAAAUAAAAGUCCUGUCGAUGCCG